AUGUUAACUGUUAAGAAAGUACGUCGAGGACAAAUAUAUCCAAGUAAAACAGUUUCUUAUGUUCGUACAUGUUGGACAUAUAAAACUUGGGGUGUAAUCAUUGGUAUCGUUACAUUUAUAUUAGUUUUAUCUGGUUUACAUAUUGGAUGGGAUUUUCCUAUAAUUAUUAAAAAUGGUCAUAUCUAUUAUCCAAUAUUAUUUUGUCUUGCACUUUUUUAUACAAUAACAAAUUAUCUUUUUGCAUCAUUACAUGAUCCUGGUGUUGUACCACGUCCAAAUGCUGAUGAAAUUCUUCAUGUAGAAAAAGAAAAUAAUAUUCAAACAGAUUUAGAAGGAAAUUAUUUUCCGUCUAUACCACCACCAACAACAAUACUUGUAAAAAAUUUUCCAUAUUCAUCUUCUUAUUGUUAUACAUGUCGAGUUUAUCGUUUACCACGUGUUACACAUUGUUCAACUUGUAAUGUUUGUAUUCAAAAUUUUGAUCAUCAUUGUCCAUGGAUUAACAAUUGUGUUGGUUUAUUAAAUCAUCGUUACUUUUGGAAUUUUCUUCUUUCGUGUUCAAUACUUUGUUUGAUUACAGUCAUUGGUUGUAGUUUAGCUGCUUAUCUUCGAUGGGAUACCUAUAAAGAUCAAUCCGGUCUAUUUUUUGCACAUAAUAUUCCAAGUUUUUUUAAUGGUUUUAUUGGUAUUUGUCUUAUGCUUAUGCUUUUUCCAUUUUGGUGUAGUCAUUGUGGAUUAGCAAUGAAUGCAGUAACAACAAAAGAAGAUUCAAGACAUCGACAAGAUUUCGAACAUAAUGAAUUUUCUAGUGGUUCACGAUGUCGAAAUUUAAUUCAAGCAUGUUGUGGUCCAUUACGACCAUCAGUCGAUUGGAAUGCAUUAUAUGAUGAAGAUUAUUAUCAAAAACAAGCAGAAAUUUAUAAAAAAAUUCGUCCAACAUUAUUAAGCAAUACACUUGUAGUUCCAAGACAAAAUAUAAAAGAGCAUAUUCGAAGUUUAGCUCUUAAAAAUUAUUUUGGUAUAGCUCAACAAGUUGAAGGUCUUUAUCGAACAAAUAAAAAAAAUUCACCACGACAGUCAUCAUUAAUUCCUGUUGAUGUUAUUCAUCAUCUUCCAAUGCAUAACAUUGAAAUAAAUUAUAUUGAUAGCAAUCAAGUUAAUGUUCGUUAUUUAUUAAUUGAAGCUGUGCACCGAACGAAUAUCUCAACAUUUUGGAAUGCAAUAUGGUUUCGUAAUGUAUUAUCUAUUGUAAUGCUUUAUGAGAUAAAUGAAAAUAAUUCUUUUAUUCAAUAUUGGCCAGAUGAAAAGAAUUCAUCAAUAAAAAUAAAUGAUAGUUAUCAAGUGGAUUUUAUUCGUACUCUUAAACGAUUAGAUAUCGUUACAUCUCAAUUCAAAAUACAAAAAAUUGGUGAAAAUGAAACUCGUAUUAUUGAACAUUUUCAAGUUAAAAAUUGGACUGAAACAAAAUUUUCAUUAGAUCCUAUUGCUCUUCUACGUCUUCAAUAUAAUAUUGAUAAUAGAGAGAAAGAAGAAAGAAUUCAUGAUACUAAUCAUGGUAUUAUUGUUAUACAUAGUUGGUAAAAGAAAAUAACAAAAAUUCAAAUAUUAAAUUAUUUCAAUUUGUUUUCU